AAACAUUUUAGAAUCUUCGAAGUUUCAAUCAGAUGAAUCGACGAUUUCGACUUAGAAUUGCAUACUUAUUAUUAAAUCUAUUAUUCUUUGAUAUUUUAAUUUCAUUUGAGUUUCUGAAUUAAGAAAAUAUACAAUAAUAAAGUAUUUUCGAGACGAUUGUCUGCCAUGAUUGAUUAUUGGCGUCCUAUGGCGUAGACUGAUAAGUUUUUAUUGAUAUAAUAUGAGUGAAGUACUUCAUUUUUGAUAUAAAGUGCUGUUGAAUUAAAUUGUGAGACCUAGAGUUCAUAUUUUACAUGCCUGUUUUCCAGGAUGGCUUUUAAUAUAUUUCAACCAAAAUCUUAGUAAUAUCAUCACAUGCAAUGCAUUGCUAUGUUCAGCACUACAUAAGAAGCUAUAAUCUGUUUUCAUAACAAUGGUUGUGGAUGUACCACACCGUAUUCCUCAUUAUAAAAUGCAACCUACAGGAAUGAGCCCAAAAGAACUAUCUGAGAACGAUGAUCUUGCAACAUCCCUGGUAUUGGACCCUUAUUUGGGAUUUAGCACCCAUAAAAUGAAUAUAAAGUCAAGGCCACCAGUGAAAGCAAGUUCGACACAAUUGCGUUCGAUAAUAGAGGAAUUUGUUAAAACUCAGGAUUACAAGACAGCUCUGAAUUACAUAGUCAAAGGAGAUUGGAUGCCAAGAAUCAGAUCCAAAAACCAGAUGAAAAGAUUCGAAGAGCAUAUAUAUAGAUACCUCAGAGUCUUCAGCAAAGAUUCAGGUUUCGUUAUAGAACCCUGUUAUCGUUAUUCCCUAGAAGGUCAGAAGGGUGCUAAAAUAUGUUCCACAAAGAAAUGGUAUAAAAAUGAAAAAAUUGAAUGUUUAGUUGGCUGCAUUGCAGAGCUCAGCGAAGAAGAAGAAAAGCAGCUUUUGCAUCCCGGUAAAAACGACUUUUCUGUUAUGUACAGUUGCAGGAAAAAUUGCGCACAGUUGUGGCUUGGGCCUGCUGCAUAUAUUAAUCACGAUUGUAGGGCCAAUUGUAAGUUUGUUGCUACCGGAAGAGAUACUGCAUGUGUUAAAGUUUUGAGGGAUAUAGAAAUAGGAGAGGAAGUAACAUGCUUUUAUGGAGAAGAUUUUUUUGGAGAUAAAAACUGCUAUUGUGAAUGUGAAACUUGCGAAAGGAGAAGUAUGGGCGCGUUUGCCAAUAAGGCAACUGAUCAAAAGGAGGAAAAUGGUUAUAAACUUAGAGAAACUGAUAAUCGCUUAAAUCGUACUAAGCAAAAAUUGCAGAUUAAAAAUGAAUUAGGAAAUGUAUAUAAUAAAAUUCCUAAUGAUAAAGUUUUUACACCGCUCAGUAUCAAAGAAAUGCGUCAAAAAGGAUUGACGAAAUAUGAUGCUGAACUUCUGAUAGCCCAGGGCUGUAAAUUUUCGGAUAUUAAUGACUUUAAGAAUAAUAAACAAAAUUUCAAUUCAAAUUCUGUAAAUAGUAAAAUUACUGUAAAUUCUAAAAAUUCUAAGAAGACUGUGAUAAAGGAAAAAAGUGCUUCAUUGGCUAAAUCUAGAACUGAGAGAUUGCUUAGGAGAAAUGCUAGACAGGCUAAUCAAAAUUUGAUGGAAGAGAAACUGUCCAGGUCAAAUCUUUUAGACGAUCUACAAAGUAAUGCAAGUAGCUGCACAAGUACCUUUAGUGAUCAAGAUUUGGUUAGUGAUGGGAUGGUUUCUGCUAAGAAGUUCAAUGACAGCCAUGAGAGUGGAAAAGGCCUGUUGACAGGAGAGAUGGAUGGAAUCAAUGUUAGAAGCCAAAAGUGCUUACUGGAUUCUGGUUUAGAUCUAUGCCAGAGUAAAUCUUUCUUGGUCUCGGAAUCAUUGCAGAAUGGGAAUAAAGUCGAUUGCAACCAAAAUGGAAAUAUUCUGUCUUCAGAGGAAUUAUUCUCCAAUUUGAAUAGGUUGGUAGAAGAUAAGGGUAGCCUAAAAAAGAGGUCUGGUAGGAAUUGUAGAAAACAAAAAAACACUGCCAGUGAGAUUUCUGAAAAAGAAGAUGAAAGUAAAGAUGUUUAUGAAUUUGACGAUGAAGAAAACAGUAAUUCAUUAGGUUUGAGACAUAAAAACCAUACAGUUACAAGUAACGACAUUGAGAUGAAUUCUGAUGGUGAUUUUAGUGAUGAAAUGGAAAGGGGAGAGUCUGAUUACAAUACUGCCAAUGCUGAUAAGGAGUCUGAACGAAUUGAUACACCACAAAGUGUUCAAGAAGUAUCUAAUGGAGAACAGACGCCCGACAAAUGUGGUAGUUUGAAGUUAACACUGAGAAUGAAGCGUUCUCCUAUUUUAGAUGAAGUUAUUGAAUCUGGGAAUAGUUUGAGCGAAGAUACCUUCGAACCAGAAUAUGAAGUUUUGCGACUAGAAGGUCUGGAAGAUAACAACUUCUCACAUUUUUCACAUAGGAAGAAGAGGCAUAAAUCGAAAGACAGAAAACGAGACAGAGAACGUAAAAGGCUUUUAGAUGAUGUUCCUCCCAUUCCUUUGAAAAGGUUGAAGUUGAUUAUCGGUAAUGAAAGCCACACCAUCAAUUUUCCAUCCGAACAUGAGAACUGACAAGACGUGUCUAGGAGCUAUUGUCUUCUUAUUUUAUUCUGUUGUAUAGCUCAUUCAUAUUUUUAUCAAUAAGUUCAUAAAGUUAUUAUAUAGGUUCAAACAGUGAAUGGUUUUCAUCUAUAAUUUUUGUAAUUAUCCUCAAAUUGAAGUUUAAGGUCAGCUUUAAGUCAGCUGUGAUAAAACUUUCAAUACGCUAAGGUGGGCCUAGAUUUAAUUUGAGAGGUUCAACAAUGCUAUUAGUAUUACCAUAUGAGAAGGCUCCGCAUUCAAAUACAUCCUUAUACAGGGUUAGAACUAUUUAGAGGGGCACUACUGGGAUAUCGAAAACUGUUAAAGAUACAGGGUGGCUCAAAUUACAAAAAAGUUGCGUUAUUUAGGGAUUCGUGUGUUGGUGUG